AUGGAUGAAGUUAAUUCUGAAUUUCAGGAACUAGAUGAUCUUUUCAAUACACACUUUUGGUUGGAAUCAGCUGCCAAUUCACACUCAGAUUUUGAGGAAAAUCCUUCAAUAAGCGAUCAGGAUGAAACACCCUUUGAUCCCAAUAGAUUAGACAGAAUACGUAAUUUUGUUCUCUCUCAAUCAGAAAAUGAAUCGUCUGACUGUGAAAGAGAGAAUGAAAAUGAAAAUGACAUGCCUUCAGAACUGAAUGACAUUGAACGAAAUUGUAAAUGUGGUCAGCGUUGCUUUUCAAAGUUUGAGAAUGCCGUAAUUCUUGACCAUGUAUUUAAUGUUAGAGAAAUGGAAAAAGAUGUUAAAGAUUUAUACAUCAUGGGUUCUAUUAGCAUUACCGGGUCUUAUGACACUCGAAAAGGAUCAAGAUCCCGAAAUUCGUACCACUACAGUUUUAGAAAUGUGAAAAUUUGUAGAUCGACUUUCCAGUGUUUGUUUGAUGUGGGGAAAAAGUCUCUCUCUAAUAUCCUGAAACAUUAUUCAGCAAAUGGGGCCGUCCCUAGACGACAUGGAAAUCAGGGUAGAAAGCCAAAGCAUGCAGUUAAUUUUGACGAUGUACAGAGAGUGGUAAAUUUCAUUUUGGGUUACGCCGAGGAACACGGCCUCCCUCAGCCCGCGGCCCCCAGAGGUCGGGAUGAUGAGCCUCCCAUUUUUCUUCCUUGUAAUUCUACAAAGAAAGCUAUUCAUGGCCAGUACAAGUCGGCAUGUGAUUCAGAUGAUAUAAGGAAAAGGCCUUUUAAAACAAAAUUUCAAAGUCACAUCGAUAUAGCACAGAAAGAAAGAAAUCUCUACAAAAUUCUGGUUAAGGAAUCGCUGGAAGAAUUGCAAGGUAUAAAUCGCCAGGAACAUCACAUCCACCCGUUAUCCUCUGACUUCACCAAAGUGCACUAUACAUUCGAUUUUAGCCAGAGUGUUGCUUUGCCUCAUCAUGCACGUCAAAUGAGACCCUUGUAUUUUCUUACUUUAAAGAAAGUACACAUAUUUGGGUUUCGUGUUGACGACAAACCUAUGCAAUAUAACUAUUUGAUCGGGGAAAACGAAACACUUGGACUGGAUGGGACGCAUUCGCAUGGCCCCGAUACAGUUAUUUCCUUGGUGCAUCAUGGCCUUGGCAACUAUGGAUAUGGAGAAAAAGAGUGUUUGAUCCAUGCCGAUAAUUGUGCAGGUCAAAAUAAGAACAAGUUCCUGAUUGCGUACUUUGCAUGGCGAGUGAUUACGGGUUUGCAUCAUCAAAUUACUUACCUAAUGCAGGUAGUUGGAUAUACACGAUGUCUGAUUUACGCAGGUUUUGCAAGGGCAAAAAAGUUGUUUCGUCGCACCGACUGUGAUAGUGUGAGUGAACUUCAGAGAGUUUUUGAUCAUUCUUCAACAACGAACAAAGGUAUUCUUUACGACAACGGAAGAGAUUCUACAUGGAAAUACUACGACUGGAAAGAGUUUUUGGGCCGUUUCUUCACCUCGUUACCUGGUAUUUCAAAAUACCACUCUUUCCGAUUUCAUGCGGACUUUCCAGGAUUUGUAUUUGUAAAAGAAAAUGCUGAUUCGACCGAGAAAAAAAUCAAAAUAUCAAAACCAGAUGGACUUCAGCAGAUACCAGGAAAUUUUCCUAGGGAACUUACACCCCUCGGAAUGUCUAGAGAAAGAGUUCAGUAUCUUUUUAAGAAGGUCAGACCAUAUGUACGUCCAAGAUGUCAAGAUGAAUUAUGCCCUCCAGCCCAGACCGAAGAAUAGCUUACCUAGGC